UACUGAUGGGCACUGAUAGGCAGCACUAAUGAGGUGUCACGGAUAGGUGGCACUGACUGGCAUCACUGCUAGGCAUUGACUGGUGGCACUUCUGGGCACAGCUGUGUGGCACUGCUGGGUGGCACAGGUGGGUGGCACUGCUGGGCACCAAUCAUGAGGGCACUGAUCAUCAGUGCCCUGAUGAUUGGUGUGCUGAUCCCUGCUCUGACAACUGCCGGUUCUCAGCAGUACUUUCCUCACGCUCUGACACUGAGGGAAGUGCAGCCGAGAACCGGCAAUUGCAUUUCCCGGUGAUCAGCG